AUGCCCGACAAGGUGCUCCUCAGCACCCUAGCCAUCAACGUCCUCUUCCUCGCCACCGGCGCCAUCGAGCUCGGCUUCUGCCUCGUCGUCCAGGGCCUCCUCGACAAGGACCCCGUCGACGGCCGCGAGGCCGUCCGCCACCUGCUCUACCGCCAGUUCCCGCUCGACGCCGGCAUCGCCAACGCCAGCAUCAUCCUCGGCACCUUUGUCUUCACCCUCCUCGGCCUCGCCUCCAAGGGCCGCUCCGUCCUCAAGCUCAGCGGCUACCUGAUUUCCUUCUGCGCCAUCUUCACCCUGUGCCUCGGCGUCGUGCUCUGGGUCAUGACGCUGCGCGUCAAAGAGGACUUUUUCCCGACGUAUCUGGACCAGGAGCCGUCGAUUCAGUCGUCGAUUCAGACUUCGUUUGGAUGCUGCGGCUACUUGAACGCUUCCACGCCGGCUUUCAUCACCGACUCGACGUGCCCGAGCCCCGCGGCGGCGAAUCUGCUCCGCGGCUGUGCGACUUCCAUCUCGAGCUUUGCCAACAUUGCUCUCGACGUCAUCUUUACCGCCCUCUUUGGCAUGGUUGGCGUCGAUGCCGUCUUUAUCCUCUCCAUCGCCGCGCUGGUCAAGGUUCGCAAGGAGCGCGAGCGAUAUCGCCACAUUGACGAAAAGGGUGGCUUCCAGCAAUUCUAG